CUUCUCCUUCCUUGUUCCUUUCUCUCUCUCUUUCUCUUUCUCUUUCUCUCAAAGUUAGUAUCUCAGUACACCUUUACGCUUUGUUUCUUUCUUUCUUCUUCUUCUUCUUCAUCUUCUUGGUGUUUUGAUUCAGAAGAAUGGUUUCAUCAGAUGAUUGGACGAAGUGCGCUAUGAGAGAUGGACAAGUGGUGGCAGAGCUUUUGGUAACGCUCAAAGAAGCCAAAGCAAUCAAGAACCCGACAGUAUCAGCUCUCCGGUGGGGAAUCAGACAGCCACGGUCGUCUCAGUCUCCAAGAAAAGAAGCUGAAUCUAGAUGUAGUCCGAGUACACCACUAUCUUGGAGUGGUGGUUGUGGUGGUUCUUCUUCUUCUCCUUCUUGUUAUUAUGUCGAUGGUUACGAAGCUACUAGUCGUCGUAUCAGCUCCGUUGGAUCUAGAUCUAAGGUUCUUGUAACGACCGCAGACUUAGAUUUUGAUGUCAAGAGGUUACAGAAGAAAAAGGACAUGGCAUUGCUUAGAUCACCAUUUAGCGAGAGCAAGAACUUGAAGAGAAUGAAGAAUAUGGUAGAGAACGAGAAUCAUCGCAAGGCGGAUGGCAAUUUUUUGCUACCAGAUUUGAAUAUAAUGCCAUGUGAGGAAAGUAGUGACCAUUGUUCAUCUUUGGGUGUGGAAACAACACUAUAUGGUAUAGGGAUUAUAAGGUGAAAGGGUAACUCAACUUUAACCAUGAGAAAGUGGUUUGAGAGACAGUGACCCUCUAGUUUGAUCAGAGUAUAGUAAGCUGAUCUUGAUCAUCUUUUGGCUCAAAAUGGUUUGAGCCUGCGCAGGAGCUCGAAACAAAUGAAAAGAUGUUCUACCUAUAAACUACCUCAAGGAAUGAAGUUUCCAUUACAUUGUGGAGGUGGUUUUUUUUAAUAAAGAUCAUCAUCAAUGUGUAAGUUAAAGACAGAACUAAGAGAUCAAACUAGAUCUAUUCUUAUUCUUGUAGCAGCAACAAGAAUAUAUUUAUUUUUUCUGUUGUUUGUCUAAGGAGAUAUAUACAUAUCACUUGUGACAUUGUCUUCAUGACCUCAAAA